GUCUUUGUACUGCUUGACGCUUUGAGCCAGUACUCUCAGCAACGCUUUCAGCUCAACUCAUCCAGCAUCAUGUCCUCAGUCGCUGGUCUUCAGUCCAUCGCGCCGGUGCCUACGGCAUCGGACUUCAUCGAUGUGGUCCUAAACAUGACCAUGAGGAAAACGCCAACGGUCAUUCACAAAAAUUUUAAGAUCUCUCGUAUCAGGAAAUUCUAUAUGCGCAAGGUGAAAUACACCCAAGACACGUUUGACGAGAAACUUGGCCGUAUCAUUUCAGAGUUCCCCAUCCUUGAUAACCUCCAUCCGUUCCUCGCGUCGCUGCUUAAUGUCCUGUACGACAAAAACCACUACAAACUCGCGCUCGGACAGCUCAACACUGCUCGACAUCUCAUCUCUCAAGUAUCCAAAGAUUAUGUCCGAUUACUCAAAUUUGGAGACUCGCUCUAUCGAUGCAAGCAGCUCAAAAAGGCUGCUUUGGGUCGAAUGGCAACCAUCAUGAAGAGGCAAAAGGAGCCUUUGGCAUACCUUGAACAGGUUCGUCAACAUAUCUCCCGACUCCCCGCCAUCGAUCCGAAUACUCGGACACUCUUGAUCUGUGGAUAUCCCAACGUAGGAAAGAGUAGUUUCGUCAACAAGAUCACCCGAGCAGAUGUGGAUGUCCAACCUUACGCCUUCACCACCAAAUCACUGUUCGUCGGACAUAUGGACUACAAAUACCUCCGAUGGCAGGUCAUUGACACGCCCGGAGUACUAGACCACCCAUUAGAGGAGAUGAACACGAUCGAGAUGCAAUCGAUCACUGCGCUGGCUCAUUUGCGCAGUGCCAUAUUGUACUUUAUGGAUCUGAGUGAGCAAUGUGGAUACACGAUCGAGGCUCAGAGCAAGCUCUUUCAUUCUAUCAAACCCCUGUUCCUCAACAAACCAGUCAUUCUCGUGAUCAACAAGAUUGACAUUGUCCGCAUGUCCGAGCUGUCACCCGAGAACCGAGCUUUUGUGGAUACCAUUCUGGCAGACAAAUCAGUCAUCUCUGUUGAGGCUUCCUGUUACUCUGAAGAAGGCGUCAUGAACGUCAGAAAUGUCGCUUGUGAAGCCUUGUUGGCGGCUCGUGUCGAACAAAAGCUCAAAGGAUCGAGGAUCAACGCAGUGGCGAACAAGAUUCACGUGGCGAUGCCAGUCAAGCGAGACGAUGUGGAGAGGAAACCAUUUAUCCCAGAUGCGGUCAAGGACCGCAAAAAGUACGACAAGAAUGAUCCAGAUAGGCGAAUGUUGGAGCGAGAUGAAGAGCAGGCAUUGGAUGGGAUUGAUAUUUUCAGAGCGGACCACAGGAAGGGUUACAUUCUCGCGGAUGAUGCUUGGAAAUACGACAUUAUGCCGGAAUUCCACAAUGGCAAAAACGUUGCCGACUUUAUCGACCCUGACAUUGAGGAGAAACUCGAGGCGUUAGAACGAGAAGAAGAGGCGUUGGAAGCUCAGGGUUUUUAUGCUUCGGAUGACGAGGAUGAAAUGCUCGACUCUGACGAGGAAGAGUUCAGAGAUGCUGCAGAACAGAUCCGAAAGAAGAAGGCCUCUAUCAAGAAGAUUUCUCAAGAGAAGAACACUCUUCAGAAUCGACCUAUCAUUCCACGAAAGAAGAAGGCAGUCUCACUGGAAGAAUUCACCAAUGGGAUGCGUAAAGUCGGUCAUGAUCCUAGCAAAUUGGAGAAACGAGCCAAGCGAUUGAUGGAACAACACAAACAAGCUAUGAAAGCUGCCAAAGCUGCUCAUGCGGUCGAGGACGAUGAAAACGAUGUGGAUAUGGAUGGAGAUCUCGAUAUGGAAUCAUCUGCGGGUGCUGGUGCUGGUGCUGGUGCUGGUACACGUUCAACCGCCGUGGCUUCUCGUGAACCCAGAUCAGCGAGACAUCUCGCCGGUAUGGCGACUCAAGCUCAAGCGGAUAAAGCUACCGAAUUGCGUAAAUUCGCUCAACGAGAACCUGCCAGGUUGGCAAAGGCGAGUGAGAGUGAUCGACACGUUCCGAUCACCAGGCCUAAAUGGAUGCUGGCGGGAAAGCGAAAGGGUGGAAAAACCCAGAGGAGAUGAGCGUGGUGGGGGGGCUCAAAGGCUGUGUUGGUUGUUCGUCAUGUACUCUAUGCUCUUUGCUACGAUUUGAUACUUUCCCGGCAUGUACCAUCACCAUCUUCUGUU